AUGACGAUGUCUGGCGAUGGUCAGGCCGGGGCUUCCCAGGUGGCUUUAGUAACAGGAGGAUACGACCACACUAUCAAACUAUGGCAGGCUCACAGCGGCGUUUGUUUACGUACUAUGCAGCACCCUGAUUCUCAAGUUAAUGACUUGGAAAUCAAUCCGAGUGGCCAAAUGGUAGCAGCGUGUGGUUAUCAGCAUAUACGAAUGUAUGACUUGGCAAGUGCCAAUCCUGAUCCUAUUAUUAAUUUUGAAGGAGUCACUAAGAAUGUUUCUCGUGUUGGCUUUCAGGAGAAUGGCCAGUGGAUGUACACUGGGGGUGAAGAUUGCACAGCAAGAAUAUGGGAUUUGAGGGCUGGAAGACAAUUUCAAUGUCAGCGAAUAUUUCAAGUGCCCGCACCAGUGAAUGCGGUAGUGCUGCAUCCGGAUCAAUCGCAAAUCAUGGUUGGAGGUCAAAGUGGCAUCAUUCAUAUUUGGGACUUGAAGACAGACCACAAUGAACAAUUGAUACCGGAAGCGGAGGCGUCAAUUCAAGACAUAGCUAUAGAUCCAGAGGGGAAGUUGAUGGCGUGUGUCAAUAACAAGGGCAACUGUUAUGUAUGGUCACUCGGGGGUUCCCCGCCGCGGCCGGUACCGCGCAAACAUCUCCACGCGCACAAUAAGUAUGCGCUUAGGUGCAACUUCAGUUUGGACUCAACUAUGCUAGUGACGACAUCUGGCGACUGUUCAGCGAAGGUUUGGAGCACCAAGGAUUGGUCCCUAAUCCGUGAAUUGAGACAUGACUCACAGCGUUGGGUUUGGGACGCCGCCUUCACUAUCGAUUCUCGGUACCUCUUCACUGGUUCUUCGGACAGUUAUGCACGAUUAUGGGAUCUAGAGAAGGGGACGCUCGAGCGGGAGUAUUGCGGACAUCAAAAACCAAUCACAGCGCUUGCUUUUAGAGAUCAGGCUGUAUAA